UCGAGUCACAGAUCACAUUGAUGACAGGACAAUCGACAGUGUGCUAUCACGUGGAUCUCUGGUCGGGACAUUCUGAUCUCCAACAACAGAACACCGACAUCGCUGUUGAACGUCUUCAACAACCUUGCUUUCAUCCAGAAGUGGAUGAAUUGGUGACCCACCCGGACUUUGUGUAUCACGAAUUUGCUUUUAUGAAGUGUUGUGAUUAUUAUUGAUCAGUCCCCAUGUACCUUGAAUCCAGUGUGUGUGGGUGGAAAUUGGGUGUUAUAUUUGGGUGAUCAUCUCCAGAACAUCAAAUCAGGAAGAACUUGGGACUGAUCAUCAUGAAGGACAGCUUCAAGGAAGAAGCUAAGCACUUUUCGAACAACUGGUCAGGGCAUGGCGUCAAUCGCAUCGCUAUAUCCAAUAACAUCAUUAAGAAAGUGUUCUAUACAGCUGUUUUUCUCACGUGUGCUGUGCUAUGUGGCUAUCAGAUACGAGCGUUGUUCACCAAAUACUACUCCUACCCCGUCAACACAAUGAUAGAGGUGCUGCACGCUCCUUUAGAGUUUCCUGCUGUCACCAUAUGCAACAAGAAUAUUGUAAAACAAUCAAAACUUUCUGAGGGAGGAUCGGUCCUGGCGAACAUAGUGAAUAAAACGGAGGAAGCGUUACACAAUGGCGUGAUUUAUGCAGACGAAAGCGGCAGUGGUUCCGGAUAUGGAAGUGGUUAUGGCAGCGGCAGUGGUUCCGGAUAUGGGAGUGGUGAUAGCAGCGGCAGUGGUUCCGGAAGUGGAAGUGGCAGUGGUUCCGGAAGUGGAAGUGGCGAUGGCAGCGGCAGUGGUUCCGGAAGUGGAAGUGGCGAUGGUAGCGGCAGUGGUUCCGGAAGUGGAAGUGGCGAUGGCAGCGGCAGUGGUUCCGGAAGUGGAAGUGGUAGUGGUUCCGGAAGUGGAAGUGGCAGUGGUGAUGGCAGCGGCAGUGGUUCCGGUAGCGGAAGUGGCAGUGACAGUGGCAGUGGUUCCGGAAGUGGAAGCGGCAGUGGAUCCGGUAGUGGAAGUGGUUACAAUGACUAUAGUGGGAGCGGCAGUGGGAAUUAUUACGACUACAGCGGUGACUACAGCGGCGACUACAGCGGCGACCAACAAACUAACGACCCCUAUGACAGGAGGAACGUGGGGUCCUUCUAUGACUCACCAGAACUGCCAUGGCUGGAGGAAGGGAAGGAGACGGGGCAGUCCGUGGCCGCUCAUCAGAUCAGCAUGGCCCUCGUCAAGAUGAACAUCAGCACCAGACUCACCAUGGGCCACCAACUCCGUGAGAUGCUGCAGUCGUGCUCCAUCAACGGAGAAACCUGCGGCGCCAAGAACUUCACGAUGUUCUACAAUAAUUUAUACGGGAACUGUUACACAUUCAAUGGUUUCAAGACGGCCAAGGGAAUACGCUCGUACAAGUCAGGACCUUUGUAUGGGUUGAGUUUGGAGCUGGUGAUUGAGCAGGACGAAUACAUAGGGUCUCUGUCCAGAACAGCUGGAGCAAGGCUGACAAUCCAUGACCCGUUCCAGUUUCCAUUUCCGGAAGACAACGGGAUUGACCUUGCCCCGGGAAAGGUCACAUCCGUAGGGCUGCGAUUGAAAGUGGUGAAGAAGAAAGGUGAGCCAUACAGUAACUGUGUCCGUGGAGGGAAGAUCGCUUACAAGGGGAAGUACUCUGUUGAGGGAUGUCGGAAGACGUGUCUCCAGACUUCUAUUGUGAAAGGCUGCAACUGUACCGACACCCGGUUUUCAAACGCAGAUGCUUACGACGGUCGGCCAUGUGACAACGACCAGGACUAUAAGUGCAUCAACGACGUGUACCACAACUAUGCCAGGGAUGGCGACAAAUGUGACUGCCCACCGCCAUGCGAAUUGAAUAUAUACCAGCAAACUAUAUCUACUGCUGACUUUCCGUCAUUUGCCAGUCGGGAUGAACUUCAGAGGCUGAUAUCCAAUAGGACCGAUCGGUUGUCGGAGAUACUUAACACAAAAGAGAACAUCAGCAGGAACCUCCUGCAGGUGCAGGUGUUCUACGAGACCCUCCAGUAUGAGAAGAUCACAGAGACCCAGGCUUACGCUUUUGAGAACCUGUUGGCGGACAUCGGAGGCCAGGCCGGAUUGUUUGUCGGCUGCUCUGUGAUUACUCUUGUGGAAGUUGUGGAGUUCCUGGGCAACAUGAUGCUGCUCCUUAUCGUCAAGGUUGUCUCCAGAGAGCGACCACAUUCAUCGGGGAAUGUCAUCAAAGUCGCACCGGCUGAGUAAGCUUCUCAGAACAACGCUUUAAACCACGGAACAAAGAAUUUGCACAGAAACAUUAACUUUCGAUUCGUUGAACAAAAUAGCGACCAUACAUCCCAGCAGAGUUCUUUAGACAAUGAGGCACAGUGUGUCAUGAAUCUUUUCCACGCAUCAUCAAUCGCCUCUAAGCAUCACCAAGGGAGUUAAAAACGUCAUCAAUUGUUCCAAUGCGUCAUCAAUUGUCCCCACGCAUCAUCAUCAUAGAAAUGGUAGGUUCUUGACAGGUAUUAAAGCGUUAGUAGAAAAUGCAACUAAAGCUAUGUUUGCCCUUUUGAAAAAAACCCCGAAAUAUAAACCUACCUAUUGAUUGUACCCUAAAAGCAUUUGAUACUAUGAUAAGUCCGACUCUCCUUCAUGGUUGUGAAGUAUGGGGAUUUGAAAACCUGAACAUUAUAGAAAAGUACAUCUCAGAUUUGUCAAAUUUGCUGUUGGUCUUCGAAGCUCCACUCCAAACUUUAUGGUGUAUGGCGACUUUGGCCGA